CUGCCCAAGGGGCUUACCGAUAAAGAGAAAAGAUUCAAGAUGCCCGAUGCCCCGAUAUUAUAUAAUACAAAGUCACCUCAACUCCCGGAAUUGCUGUUGGUCAGGAGAUUGCGCGGGGCUAUUGUCCAAACAAUGACAACAACGGCGAUGAAUAGCAAAGCGUCAAGAAUGCCAGACAUCGUCUCGAACCAGGGCACGCACGGAAACCCACAAGUUGACCACGGUACAUAUCCAGCCUUGAGCCAGGUGAGAAAGACCUUUAUUGACGGCGAAGUUAGGAUGUUGAAUGCUGGAAAGCAACCAUCAAGAGCGUCCCUAGGCAUACAGGAACGAUUCAUCUCAGGAUUUGUGUCUUGUGAAAAGAACAAAUACGCCGCUUCCUUUGGUUCAGCGGGGUAG